GCUCCCGCCUUCCCGUCUCCUCCCUCCCAGUCUCAGUGGCCCCAGACCGACCGGCGGGCGGAGUCUGGGAGUGUGGCACCUGCGAGUAAGUGAGCUUGCUGGAUGAGGAGGAGAAGACAGUCCCCAGCACUAGCAGCCUCAUGUCCGACUGCUGGUGCUUCAUCAUCUGCAAGGAACACGUUAGAAGCAAUCCUCUGUCACCACAGCAUGAUGGGGCCUCAAGGGAGGAGGCUGAUCACCAGGUGGACGUGUCUGAUGGCAUCAGGCUGGUUCCAGACAAAGCAGACGCCACGGCGGCCACGGCCUCAGAUGAAAUCAUGCACCAGGACAUUGUCCCGCUCUGUGCCGCCGACAUCCAGGAGCAGUUGAAGAAGCGCUUUGCUUACCUGUCUGGUGGGCGGGGACAGGACGGAAGCCCAGUCAUCACCUUCCCUGACUACCCAGCCUUCAGCGAGAUCCCGGACAAGGAGUUCCAGAAUGUCAUGACCUACCUCACCAGCAUCCCCAGUUUGCAAGAUGCUGGCAUUGGAUUCAUCUUGGUCAUAGACCGAAGGCAGGACAAAUGGACCUCUGUGAAGGCAUCCGUCCUGCGGAUAGCCGCAUCUUUCCCAGCCAACCUGCAGCUUGUCCUUGUUCUUCGGCCCACGGGCUUUUUCCAGAGGACUCUCUCGGACAUUGCCUUCAAGUUCAACAGAGAUGAGUUUAAGAUGAAAGUGCCGGUCAUGAUGCUAAGCUCAGUGCCAGAACUACACGGCUACAUUGAUAAGUCGCAGCUGACCGAGGACCUCGGGGGGACCCUGGACUACUGCCACUCCAGGUGGCUGUGCCACCGCACAGUGAGUGGGCCUGGNUGCUCUNCAGCCAUAUUCUCAUUACUUCAUAGGCCAGCAGAAUAUUCCUUCCCCAAGAAUGAGGAGAUGGUCUCUGAAGAUCUGCAGCUGGCACUGAAGGAAGGGAACAACAUCCUGGAGAGCCUCAGGGAGCCACUGGCUGAGAGCGCGGCCCACAGUGUGAACCAGGACCAGCUGGACAAUCAGGCCACCGUGCAGAGGCUCCUGGCCCAGCUGAAUGAGACUGAGGCUGCCUUUGAUGAAUUCUGGGCAAAGCAUCAGCAGAAGCUGGAACAGUGCCUGCAGCUGCGGCAUUUUGAGCAAGGUUUCCGGGAGGUCAAAACCACCUUGGAUUCCAUGUCCCAGAAGAUAGCUGCUUUCACGGAUGUUGGCAACAGCCUGGCCCAUGUGCAGCAUCUUCUGAAGGACUUGACCGCCUUUGAGGAGAAGUCCAGUGUGGCUGUGGACAAGGCCCGUGCCCUGUCACUGGAAGGUCAGCAGCUGAUUGAGAACAGGCACUACGCUGUGGACUCCAUCCACCCCAAGUGUGAAGAGCUCCAGCACCUCUGUGACCACUUCGCCUCUGAGGUCACCAGGAGGCGGGGCCUGCUCAGCAAGUCCUUGGAGCUGCAUAGCCUCCUGGAGACGUCCAUGAAGUGGAGCGACGAGGGGAUCUUCCUGCUGGCCUCGCAGCCUGUGGACAAAUGCCAGUCCCAGGAUGGCGCAGAGGCAGCCCUCCAGGAGAUUGAGAAGUUUCUGGAGACUGGUGCAGAAAAUAAGAUUCAGGAGCUCAAUGAGAUUUACAAGGAAUACGAAUGCAUCCUCAACCAGGACCUUCUGGUAACGCCAGCAUGGGCUUCUCUUUGCGCAUGCAGCCUGGGGGCUGGGAACCCGCCUCAUGGGAUAGUUCAGAGAACAUGCUCCUGGCGAAGCUCUGAGAACUCCAGCUCUGAGGGCAACGCACUCCGCAGAGGGCCCUACAGGAGAGCCAAGUCCCAAGCCCGCCAUGCUUCCUGUCAGCUGCAGGCAUGGCUCUCCUGGCUGAAGCCCUCCUCCCCUCCCUUGCAGGGCUAUGCCGCAGAGAUGGAUAACCCCUUGAUGGCACACCUCAUCUCAACAGGCCUGCAAAACAAGAAGAACAUUCUGUUUGGAAACAUGGAGGAAAUCUAUCACUUUCACAACAGAAUAUUCCUGCGGGAGCUGGAGAGCUGCAUAGACUGCCCAGAGCUGGUGGGGAGGUGCUUUCUGGAAAGGGGACCGAUGUGUGCUGCAAGCUCCCAGGCUAGUGGGGAGUUACUGGCACACUGUGACGAGAUUGCUCUGGGUCUCUGGAAGACAGUGUCACCUGAUCCUGCUGUGUUCACUGUCACUGACACCCUCUCCUACAGAAUAUUCCUGCGGGAGCUGGAGAGCUGCAUAGACUGCCCAGAGCUGGUGGGGAGGUGCUUUCUGGAAAGGAUGGAGGAGUUCCAGAUCUAUGAGAAGUACUGUCAGAACAAGCCACGCUCCGAGAGCCUGUGGAGGCAGUGCUCUGACUGCCCCUUCUUCCAGGAGUGUCAGAAGAAGCUGGACCACAAGCUGAGCCUGGACUCCUACCUGCUGAAACCUGUGCAGAGGAUAACCAAGUACCAGCUGCUGCUCAAGGAAAUGCUGAAGUACAGCAAGCACUGUGAAGGGGCAGAGGACCUGCAGGAGGCGCUGAGCUCCAUCCUGGGCAUCCUCAAGGCGGUGAACGACUCCAUGCAUCUCAUCGCCAUCACUGGCUAUGAUGGAAACCUUGGCGACCUGGGGAAGCUGCUGAUGCAAGGUUCCUUCAGCGUGUGGACAGACCACAAGAAGGGCCACACCAAAGUGAAGGAGCUAGCCAGGUUCAAGCCCAUGCAGCGGCACCUGUUUCUGCACGAGAAGGCCGUCCUCUUCUGCAAGAAGAGGGAGGAGAAUGGGGAGGGGUACGAGAAGGCUCCUUCCUACAGCUACAAGCAGUCCUUGAAUAUGACGGCUGUCGGCAUCACAGAGAACGUGAAGGGUGACACCAAGAAGUUCGAGAUCUGGUACAACGCAAGGGAGGAGGUUUACAUCAUUCAGGCGCCAACCCCAGAGAUUAAAGCAGCGUGGGUGAAUGAGAUUCGGAAGGUGCUGACCAGCCAGCUGCAGGCUUGCCGGGAGGCCAGCCAGCACCGAGCCCUGGAGCAGUCCCACAGCCUUCCUUUGCCCACGCCAUCCAGCACCAGUCCCACGAAAGGGAACACAAGAAAUGUCAAGAAGCUCGAAGACNGGAAGACGGACCCACUCAGCCUGGAAGGCUACGUGAGCUCAUCGUUACCAAAGCCCCCUGAGAAGGGCAAAGACGAUGCGGUCCCUAGUUCUACCUCUGAAAGCUCUGCGCUUUCCAGAAAGCGCUUCACGCUGCAGGGCUUGGCUAACCUCAAAGGUCAGAAAGCCUCUCCGACCAGUCCUGACAAAAAAGCUAAGCGGCACGAAGUAAAGAGCGACCCGACUCCCUUUGGUUUGCGAGGCUGGAGCAAAACAUCCCACUCCCUGGAGGCCCCUGAGGAGGACGGAGGCUGGUCCAGUGCUGAGGAACUCAUCAACUCCUCUGAUGCUGAGGAAGACGGGGGAGUGGGCCCUAAGAAGCUGGUGCCGGGUAAAUACACAGUGGUGAUGGAUGAUGAGAAAGGGGGCCCUGACACCCUUGCCAUGAGGAGUGGAGAUAUGGUGGAGGUAGUGGAAGAAGGCNCUGAGGGCCUCUGGUAUGUUCGGGACCUGACCAGCAGCAAGGAGGGAUGGGUGCCAGCCAGCAGCCUAUCCACCCUCCUGGGCAAAUCCAUUUCAGCCCAGUGUCUGAGCAGCUCAGACUCCAGCCCAGGGUCAGCCGUGCUGAGCAGCUCAUCCAGCUUCAGNGAGGGCUACCCUGCUCCCUUCUCCGAGCUCCAGGGAUAGUGGCCAGGCCCCUGUGGCAGGCACUCGAGGUCACCGUGCAGUAGACCAGCAUGCAAAUCUCUAAGUUUUUUGGUUUUUUUUUUAAUUUUUAUUUUUGCUUGGGCUUGCUUAGUUUGGGAGGGGAUGGUGCUCCGAGAUCUCUGGAAACAGGAGGCCCCUGUCAGCCAUGGGCUUCAGAGGACAUUGGGGCCUUGGAACCAGGACCCCGCUGCAUAUGCAGAUGCCAGGAGACAACAGUUCACCACCAAAGCUUCUUCAGAGACUCCAGAGUGGACAGAGGCGGGGCUGUGGGUCAGGAGACCCCUGUGCAGGAAGCUGGGAGGCAGCCAACAGCCCCUGCUGUGCAGCCUCUCUAAGGUGUCCUGGCCUCUCUGGUGCUUUCUACGGCAACAUGACCCUGAGGAAGCCACUUCUAACAGGANUGAACAGUUUGCUACCAACAGCCUAAGAGGGGGAUCAAGGGACUCUUGUCUUUUAUAAGUUUUUGAUUGUUUUUUUUUAAACAGGGAUUAACCCCAUGGCCAUUUUUUUGUGGUACUCUGGCCUCAAAACUUUAACCAAGAAUCACUGUGUUUACAUGAAAUGACAAUUUGAUACUGUAUUUGAUAUAAAACUAUUUUUUGUUACUGGGGUUUACAUCAAAGCACGUUGUUUAUACAACUAACUGAUUUCUGGGGCACUCUCGCUGAGACCUGGCACUCCCUGGAAUACAGGUGCAGGAAGGCCUGGUCAGUCAGGGGGCGUGUCCUCCUGGGCAGCCAGGGGGCAUGUCCUCCACCAAAAGCAGUUGGAAAUCAUUGGAAGUCUUGCAUCUGCAUAGGUUUUGUUUUCACAAGAAAUGUAAAGUAUAAUUUAAAAUAUUAGCCUUCUUUUCUACAAUAUAAAGGAGACUCUCUGUUUUUUAAAAGAACAUCAUUAAAUUAGGAUAUUUUUAUUAUUUUUAAAGAAAAUGUAUAACUCCAUGCUGUCAGCCAUCCUCAGCAACUCAGGCACUGGCUGCCUCUCCAUGUCAGGGCAGGCCCCACUUCCCCUCUCCUAGCCCCGUCCACUCUGCCCUACAGCAGGAGGGGCUGCAGCUGAGGUAAUGGGGGAGGGCGGGGACCUGCAGCCUCCAUUCAAGUCACGGCAGAACUGCCACAAACUGUUGUUUUCUGCUUUCUUGUGUGUUUCAGAAACAAAUUCUGUUCUUUGGAAACUCUCUGUGCCUAGUAGGGCAGAUAUUUUUAUAUGUGUGUAUAUAUGUUCACGUGUGUACAUAGGAUCUUGGUGUAAAGGAUGUAUUUAUGGUCUCACGCUGCUGAACAUGUGUCACUUUACGGUCCCUCCCUGUCUCCUCACCCUGCUGCCAUGGGAGGCCACCGAGGCUCGUUCACCACUGUAUGUCCAGGAAAAACACCCUCCUCCCUGCCCUAUGGCUUGCCAAGCCAUUACUGGCUACACCUUCAGAGAAUGGUAAUAAAAUAAAAAACGUGCAAAGA